CAGUUUGGUGGCUGCUGGGAUCACCGCGCAUUGAGCGCAUCUUUGUGAUGCGGAUACUGGCGCGCUAUAAAACUACAUCAUCAUCAUCACCAACUUGUAACAAGCCUUCCAGCGUACUGUUUUCGACCUUUGACCUCUUGCUUCCGGUAGUUUCAGACGUGAAGGUCGUCUGCUUGCAAGCAGGCUUGCUCCUUUCCAAAACACACGGUUAGCGCAUUCUCAGUAUUAUGAACAUCGAUCACUAAGGACAUUUAAGCAAGGGAAGACAGUCCAAGCUAACCAUCAACAUGGGCUUGAUGGGAGCAAUAACUAAGACUGUAUUCUUUGCUGUUCCUGUCUCAGCCACAUUCUUUGACCUUUUCGGAACAGUUGUAGCAGUGGAAGGAGUCUCAAUGCAGCCUGCACUGAAUCCUGAAGACAAUGGGAAGCUGAAUACUGACUACGUCUUUUUGAAUCGAUGGUCAGCAAAUGGAUUACAGUUUCAACGAGGAGAAAUUGUUUCCCUUGUCUCACCAUCCAACCCGAGUCAAAGGUACAUCAAGCGCAUUGUUGCUUUGGAAGGAGAUACAAUCAAAACAUUAUCCUACAAGCACAAGCUAGUACUUGUGCCCUCAGGACACUGCUGGGUGGAAGGGGAUCACCAUGGACGCAGUGUGGACAGCAAUUUUUUUGGACCAAUCUCUAUGGGAAUGAUAACUGGAAAGGCUCGUUACAUUGUGUGGCCACCUCACCGGUGGGGGCGGCUUGAAGUACAAGAGCCUGACUCAGACAGAGUAUACCAAUCUCGUGCCUGCUUUUGUGAUUGAUGGCAUAUCAUUUUUCAGUGGCUUCCGAAUCCCAAACAAUGUUUAUUGUUUAAUGAUUGUCAAGUGAUGGCACUUUCUUCAGUCUCUUUGUCAGUUAGCCUUGAUAGUGUGGAAUUUUUAUUGACAAACAGUACAACAGGAUAAGUACAAGUUUAUCAAUGUUAGUUACUUUGUUAACAAAACCAUUUUGACAGUGUUGCUGUAGUUAAUGGGUCUGAUAGUCUGUUACCCUGUAAGAAAUUGAAGCUGUCUUUAAUUUCUCAGAUGGUUUAUUUUUAAUUUGCAUCUCAGCAACAUUCUCAAGCUUUCAUUUUCACUUUAUUUCAUUUUUAUUACAGUGAAAGGGAUGGUUUGUUUUCUUUUAACUUUAUCAUCAGAAAGAUAUUUUUUCUGCAAUUUUAUCUAAAACGAUAAUGUAAAUAUCAGAAGCUAUAGUUUGCUUGAGGAUGAGAGUGAACUGUAAAAUUCUGUAAAGAAAUUUCUGAGGACGCAUUAUAUGCAAAGUAUUUCUCAGCUUCAUUUAAUUUUCAGUGCAGACUUUAAAGCUUCCUUCUUUUCCCUUCCCAUAAAGUCUUGGAAGCAAGCUGUCAUAAAUAAUCCUAGAAAGAUGUUUUAAGGGCAGAAAGAUUUACAACACAAUCCAAGUAGAAGUUUGUUGUCCUUUGUGUUUUAAAAAAAAAAUACUUAGCACUACUCGCAGAAACAUUGAUGUUCACAAUCCCAUUUUAAUGUCUGUUAAGCAAAAUUUAGCAAUAUAUUCUUCAUACUGCUGACGUCCUAGGUGUACAAGCUACCAAUAUUGCAAAUGCUGGCUCUUUAGAAACCUAUUGAAAUUAAGGUAUCCCAGCAACAUAAAGAGGGUGAAUUUUUUUUUUUUUUAAAGUAUGAAACUGAAGAAAAUCUAAAAGACUGAUUGCUUGAUUGCCUUACUCGUUCUGGUCAUACCAUAUGUCUUCCAUCGGUUUCCUUAAUUGUAUUAUGUACACGUCAUUUUUUUUCAGUUAACAAUGUCACAAAAUAUUUGUUUUUACAUAUAGAUCAGCAGCAUGGCUGGUGUCAGCAAACAUUGACACAUGAACUGCCUAAUAAUUAUCUACUUUCUGAAACUGACUAUUGACUUUGAUUAGACUUAGUGGAUACCCAUCAUUGUUCUCCUGAAAUGCGCACAAUUGUCAUGAACGAUAAUACUUGUUGUGAAUGAAUCAAGUGUUUUAAAGGUUUUCACGGGCGGUGUGCUGAUCUCAGGGAAAUAUUACUGGUCCUUCUAAGAAUGCUUUUCAGUUGAAUUCAUAUUUUCAUGAUUAUUAAUGUUUAAUUAGCUGCUAUAAAUGUAGGUUAGAUAAACAGGGAGUAACUAACCUUUUAGCCUUGUAGUGAAUGAGUCAUAAUAAAAUUGUGUGAAAGGAAUACAGUAUAAGAUUAAUAGAGGUGCAGAAAUUUGGUUGUUUUGUAAACUUAAGGUAAAUUAAUAUUUUUAAGCUAGUUUUUCUUAAUGCUGCUUCACAUAUGAAUAAAAGUGAAGGUAAAUGCAAAAAUAGUUCAGAUAACAUGUUGAUCAGAAUAGACUUUACUUAAAGAUUUUUUUUAUGUAUGUAGACAUGAUGUAAGAAAAGGGCGCAUGAAAGUUUGUUGAGAAAAGAUGAGUGAUGCAUCCGUGAUUCUUGGAUCUUUUAUUUUCAGCAAAAUGGUACAGGUGGAAAGGUAUAUAUGCACCAUAAUAUUAUUGGUUUUAUCUUGCUCAUAGAAACGGCAUUGAUUUUGUUUUGCAUGUUUCAAGGGUUUUGCUCAAUAACUAUAUGCCAGAUUCGGCCAUCAUCAUCCAAUACAUCCCUAAUGAAUUUAAUGCAUUGUUCCUUGCUUUUUUUAGGCUUGUCUUAAUACUUUAACCAUGCUGUUCAUAGGAAUGAGAUGAAAUCUUGCCCUAAAUUUGAAUUGUAGCCUGUGCCAAAAUUUACAUUAUAUAAAUGGCCUUCUUAACUAGACAUUAAUAUUUCACAAAUGUUUGGCAAAGUUUUUAUAUGACCAUCAUGUAAAUGUUUGCUAAACAUGUUGCAUGCUCAACAAUAUUUGUGGAGGUAAGAAUUAAGCCUCUUUACAGAGCAAUAAUAAAACAUCAGGGGAUACAAAAGUAACUGAAUGA